UUAAAAUGGCGGCGUUGAGCAGCGCCGAGUCCCCACCGCCCGUCUUUAACGGAGACGCCGCGGAGCGGGAGCCGGGCAGGGAGCCGGGCCUGGAGGAGCCGGGUGCAGGGCCGGACUCCUCCUGCACGUCGGGGAUCCCCGGAGGUCCGCAGGAUGAGGAGAUCUGGAAUAUCAAACAGAUGAUAAAGCUGACACAGGAACACUUAGAGGCCCUUCUGGACAAGUUUGGAGGAGAACACAACCCUCCUUCCAUAUAUCUAGAGGCCUAUGAGGAGUACACCAGUAAACUGGACGCCCUGCAGCAGAGGGAGCAGCAGCUGCUGGAGGCCAUGGGUAACGGGACAGACUUCUCCUGCUCUCCUUCAAUGCCAGCCCUUCUGGAGGUAAAGAUGGGAGGUUGUGGGGUCCCCGGGGGGGCUCAGGCCUUUCCCUCAGCCCCCAAUACCUUGGCUGUCCUGCAGACCCCCACCGAUGCCAGCCGAGCCAACCCUCGCUCCCCCCAGAAGCCCAUCGUGAGGGUCUUCCUGCCCAACAAACAGAGAACAGUGGUCCCGGCUCGCUGUGGGAUGACUGUAAGAGACUCACUGAAGAAAGCUCUGAUGAUGCGAGGCCUCAUUCCAGAGUGCUGUGCAGUCUACAGGGUACAGGACGGAGAGAAGAAGCCAAUUGGCUGGGACACAGACAUCUCCUGGCUGACAGGAGAGGAGUUACAUGUAGAAGUGCUGGAGAAUGUUCCGCUCACCACACACAACUUUGUGAGGAAGACCUUCUUCACACUGGCCUUCUGUGACUUCUGCAGAAAGCUGCUCUUCCAGGGUUUCCGCUGUCAGACCUGUGGCUACAAGUUCCACCAGCGUUGCAGCACUGAGGUUCCCCUCAUGUGUGUCAACUACGACCAACUAGACUUGUUGCUAGUGUCCAAAUUCUUCGAGCAUCACCCGUUUACCCAGGAGGAGGUCUCCUCAGAAGGGACCACCCCUGUGUCUGAGGCCUGUCCAUCACUCCCCCCAUCAGACUCCACCGGUUCUAUAUGCCACACCACUGUGUCCCCGUCCAAGUCCAUACCCAUCCCGCCCAGUUUCCGGCCCAAUGAGGAGGACCACCGCAACCAGUUUGGCCAGCGGGACCGCUCGUCCUCAGCCCCCAACGUCCAUAUCAAUACCAUUGAGCCUGUCAACAUCGAUGACCUGAUUCGAGAUCAGGGCUUGCCAAGGUCAGAUGGAGCCCCCCCGACCCACCCCGCCCGCUGCUUGAGGAAGCACCGAACACGGACCUCAAGCCCCCUCCUAUACUCCUACCCCAAUGACAUAGUGUUUGAUUUUGAGCCUGAGCCUGUUUUCCGAGGUUCCACCACAGGGCUCUCGGCCACACCUCCCGCUUCUCUACCUGGCUCUCUGAGCAAUGUCAAAGUUCCGCAGAAGUCGCCAUGCCAACAGAGGGAGCGCAAGUCGUCGUCCUCGUCUGAGGACCGCAAUAAGAUGAAAACCCUGGGGAGAAGGGACUCCAGUGACGACUGGGAAAUCCCAGAGGGUCAGAUCACCCUGGGCCAGAGAAUAGGCUCUGGAUCAUUUGGAACCGUCUACAAGGGGAAGUGGCAUGGUGAUGUGGCAGUGAAGAUGUUGAACGUCACUGCUCCCACACCACAACAGCUUCAGGCCUUCAAGAACGAAGUGGGAGUCCUCAGGAAAACGCGUCACGUGAACAUCCUGCUGUUCAUGGGCUACACCACCAAACCUCAGCUGGCCAUUGUGACCCAGUGGUGUGAAGGCUCCAGUCUCUACCACCACCUGCACAUCAUCGAGACCAAGUUUGAGAUGAUCAAGCUGAUUGACAUCGCCCGACAGACCGCUCAGGGCAUGGAUUACCUGCAUGCCAAAUCAAUCAUCCACAGAGAUCUGAAGAGCAACAAUAUUUUCCUCCACGAGGAUCUGACAGUGAAGAUUGGGGACUUUGGCCUAGCUACAGUCAAGUCACGCUGGAGUGGCUCCCACCAGUUUGAACAGCUGUCUGGCUCUAUACUGUGGAUGGCCCCAGAGGUGAUACGGCUGCAGGACAAGAAUCCCUACAGCUUCCAGUCAGACGUCUACGCGUUCGGCAUCGUGCUGUAUGAGCUCAUGUCAGGAGCUCUGCCCUACUCCAACAUCAACAACAGAGACCAGAUCAUAUUCAUGGUAGGUCGAGGUUACCUGGCUCCUGACCUCAGCAAGGUGCGCAGCAACUGUCCAAAGGCCAUGAAGAGACUGAUGGCCGACUGCCUGAAGAAGAAGAGAGAGGAACGACCUCUCUUCCCUCAGAUCUUGGCGUCCAUCGAGCUGCUGGCACGCUCAUUACCCAAAAUCCACCGCAGCGCCUCAGAGCCUUCGCUAAACCGGGCCGGCUUUCAGACGGAGGACUUCAGCUUGUACGCCUGCGCCUCGCCCAAAACCCCCAUCCAAGCCGGCGGCUAUGGGGAGUUUUCUGCGUUUAAGUAAGUGCUGCAGAUUCCCACAAGUCCAUCUCUCUUCGUCACUUCUCAAAAGUCUCGUGUCCAUGCGGUGGAUUCAUUCAUUACUGAAAAAAAAACUGAAAAAAAUUGUCUCAAAGAAUGUGCUUCACUCUUCCUCUGUCAACCUGAAGAAGGCAGCCUCACUGGAGUCCUUCCAACAAAAAGCUGUCCAGCAGGCAAACGGCUACAGACACAACACAAUUAGGAAAAAAAAACACUAUCAAGAAACUUGAAUCACACAAAAAUGAAAGGGAAAAAAAACACGACACAAAGCUAUCCAUACCAAAACGUUUUUGGAGGAGGAGACGUCAAACUCCACAGAUGGACCUGCCUGCUGGAGGGAAAAGAUAAAGGUGAAAGGAAGAGACGGAGGCCAAACGUCAGGAGGAGUCCAGGCUUAGGGAGCCCUCCUGUGCAGGUGAGGCUGAACCGCUCUCUGAGGGACCGCAGACACGGGGCCCCUGGACGGAGAAGAGGCCUGCCGUCUGCCGGUUGAGAUAGAGGGCCGAGUGUGAGCCAGGCGUUAACCAAUCCCCGAGAUGAGCUCGAAGUUACUUAGCAGGGUUAAGCCCUAAGGAAGCUGACUUGAAAGUACGAUCUAUUUUAAUUUUUUCAUUUGUUUCUCAAGUUUCAGAUUUUUAGCCAGCUCUUAGGAAUGCUGAGCUUUGUUAUCGGUUUAUGGCGGCUAUUUUAGAAGAAAGCUUUCUUUUCGGUCACACAGCCCCUCCCACCACCACUCAAUACUCAAAUUCUGCAAAAUACAAGUUUGUCUCUGACAAAUUCAACACCCAUAAGGAAACAGUAACAGCUGUUUAUCUAUUGACAUAUUUUGUUCUACCUUUUCAAACUUCAAAACCUAGAAAUGAAAACAGAAGAACCCGGCUGAAAAGUGUGGGGCCUACGCUUUUCCAACGAAAGUUCUUUGGGAGGAAAAAAUGCCCAUUUGUUUGGUGAUAAAAGAUCCACGAGAGGGAUUUCUCAUAAAAAUGCCUUGUCUAAGCCAACUGAUGAGGUGCUUGUUAAUUAGCCAGCUUUAGCGGUGUUGGAAAGAGACGCUCUACCUGUUUUAAAGGUUUUCAUGUCCAUGCGAAAGCAGCAGAAGCGUGUCGUGUUCUGUGAGCACAGGAGCUGUUUAAGGGGGUGAAAGUGCAGAUUUGUUUGGUGAUGGAAGCUGCACAAGAGGAGUUUCUUAUUUAGUUUAAAGAGCCUGGUCUUAUCCGAGCUAGUGGCCGGCUUUUACACUGAGAUUCAGAGUUUGUACAGUUAAGUUGUGACACAGCAUCUUUACAAAAAAGCUUUCCUUUUGCUUCACACGUUUUUUUUUUCUUACACAAAACCCAACUUCAGAUUUUUUUUUUUGUAAUACCAAUUGCAUGUUGUGUUUCUUUU